AUGGCCCCGCACUGUCUACCGAAUUCUGUCAGCGAGCGGAAAGUCCACCACCGCUUGCUCCGCCUUACGGAACUGCGUGGGGCACGUUGCAUUCUGGGAUUUGUGGUCCACAGAGUGUUGCUGACGCAGUGGACCCUGUGGGAGUGGAUUCUUCUCCUCCUCACGACGUGCCCUGCAGCACGCAGUGCUAAACCCGGAAGUUCCGAACCCAGUUCCUGGUGCCAGCCGGUCACCUCAGGUGAAGCGUGGGAUCUGGCGACUUGGCUCCCUCCCCCCCAGCGCUGUCUCUUCCACGUGGACCGGACCCUGACGGUCCCGCGGCAGAAUAUUCAAGGUCACUUGGGUGAGGCCCUAAUCCAAGACUUAAUCAACUACUAUCUGAGCUACACUGCAAAAAGUAAACUCCCACAGGUCAUUAGCCUCCUUUCCACCUUUAGCUUUUGUGUUUCUCCUCCCCGCUUGGCAGGAGGCCAGAUCAGCUUUGAUGUCUUUCCUGAUGGAUGGGACAAGAGGUAUUGCCUGGGACAUGUGGAAAAUGACAGCUAUAAGACCAUUUAUUUCUUUGGAGACAAAACCAUGCCAGGUGGAAAUGACCAUGAGAUCUUCACAGACCCGAGGACGGUGGGCUACACAGUGACGGCACCUGAGGACACACGCAGGAUCUGUGAAGAGCUCUUCCCCUAAUGUCUCUUCCUGUGGGAGGGGAGGGAGGCCCAGCUGACAAGUCUGACAGGGUCAUUUGGUGGCCAAACCCCGAUCCCUCCCUCACUUGCCCACUACAACCAUCCAACCCACAACAGAAAUUUUCAAACACUUCCUGAAACGAAGCACCUGCUGAGUGUCAGCUUGGUGGCAGUUUUGAACCAAGGGCAUCGUAGGCAUCAGGCAGUGUUAAGCUAAGUGACCAUGUGUACUGUUUGCCCACCUCACUUCCUAUUUGAGAGCCACAGACCUCAGCCUGGCCUGUGGAUAGCUGGCUGGCCAAGUGACAACUGAGCUGAAGGAGUUCACAGCUCAGCUGGCCUGGCUCACGGGUUAGCUCAGUAGUCACUACACAGGGAGGGGCUGGUUCUCCAACCACGGAGAUGGGAGGACAUAGGUACCAACAGGCCUCAGGGAGAACUGAACAGACAUGCAGCCCUUCCCAUCCCUUCCCCUGGGUGCCUCUCUAAGCCCAGGUUUGGAGAGACUAACUUGGGGUGUCACACCUCACCAAAAGAACCUUCUUACUGACCUGGCUGGGCUUCCUGGGCCUUACUUACAUCAGGUUUCUUGGGGCCCCAGUGAACGCCUCACUCAUUAACAGAGCUGAAGCUGCACUUUCUCUGCAGAUCUUUUUAAAAAGAAGUAUGUUGACCCCGACCGUGACCUGGCCAUGGUGGGGCCUAGGAAGGGCCCCACCUUCCAGGUUCUGCAAGGUCCUCCUGAAAGUGGAAGGCAUCCCCAGGCCCUGGUCCACAAUAGGGUGGAAGACUGCUUUCCAAGGCAAUGGUUAACAUGUCACUGUUUAGCAUCGGAAAUGUCAGGACCCACAAGUGCUCCACCAACUGCUGCUGGGGCCCACCAACCCAAAUCUGUGUGCUUUGCACCCCCCACCUCCAUGCUACCACCAGGUGCUUUCAUCGCAGAGGAACCUGGUUUCCCCCCAAACCUGGCCCAGAGCUUGUCAGUUCUGGAUCAGUCCACCCACCACCGCACCACACGGUUGAUGUUCCCAAGCAGUUCUCAGCACAGGCCAUCCCGUGGCAUCUUUUCUUGUUGAAGUAUUUUGCAAACGAUACUAGAAUGACCUUUCAGAUGAAAAGUAGCAAAUUAAAGUGAUUUUAUUGUUCCUA